AGGCCGGCAUAAAAUGGCCGCCGCGUAGGAGUUUGUGUGUUGACAGUUCAGAGUAAGCAUGGCUGUUGCGUUCCAUAGCCGGUGCGGCGAUAGAGUGACGCUGAUAAAUAGUAAUAGAACAGCAGUCAGAAACUUUUCAGAGUUUAAUAACGGGUUGGUGCUGAGCAGUCAGCCUCUUGCAGACAAUCAGCUUUUUCAAGUUCGCAUUGAUAAGAAGAUAAACUCCUGGAGCGGAAGUAUCGAAAUUGGUGUAACAUGCUUGAACCCAGAGACAAUGGAAUUCCCGUCUACUGCGUCGGAGCUUCGAGGAGGAUCUUGGAUUCUAUCAGGGACUUCGGUGCUCAAAGACGGCCAGUCUAUCGUGGAGGUGUACGGCGAAGACUUGGAGAAGCUGUCGGAAGGUGACUGCGUCGGGGUCAUGCGUACCUCAGAGGGUGAGCUGGUGUUCUACGUGAACGAGGAGUCGCAGGGAGUGGCCACGAGGGACGUUCCGAGCGGCGUCUACGGCUUUGUCGACAUGUACGGGAAGUGUGCGCAGGUGACAGUCAUCGAUGACGAUGACGAGACCCGUGGAGAUUCCGAUGACAGAUCCGACUUCGACGUCGAGCUGAGUGCGAGCUGCGGAACGUACGAGCCGGCCGACGGGCAGCAGCAGCCGGCACUGGUGACGGACCUCGUCGUCAACAUGAAUGUCGCCAACACUCGGCGCGACGUCAUCGUGUUCGAAGAGGGGUCGGUGCCGCCGUCCGUAGUCGCCGCGGAGGAUGCGGAAGUGUCGCCCCCUCCAGACAGGUUGAGGUUCCACGAGCGCUGCGGCAGCCUGGUGCGCAUCUCCUGCGGCGGUCGCAGCGCGGAGAGGAGGCGGCCGCUCGACGAGUUCAACAACGGCGUCGUCAUGACGCACCGCCCCCUGCAUGACGACGAGCUCUUCGAGAUCCGCAUCGACCGGCUAGUGGACAAGUGGUCGGGCAGCAUCGAGGUGGGCGUGACGACGCACGACCCGGCCGCCCUGGCGUUCCCCGCCACCAUGACGAACCUGCGCACGGGCACCACGAUGAUGUCCGGCAGCGGGAUCCUCACCAACGGGAAGGGCGCGCGCCGAGAGUACGGCGAGUUCAACCUGGACGAGCUGUGGGAGGGCGACCGCAUCGGCAUGGUGCGCAAGGCGAACGGCAACCUGCACUACUUCAUCAACGGGCUGGACCAAGGCGUGGCCGCCAGCAAGGUGCCGUCCCGCGUCUGGGGCGUCGUCGACCUCUACGGGAUGACUGUCAAGGUUUCCAUCGUGGACAGAGACGAGCGGGAGGAGCAGAACCUGAUCACGCGGAGGAACACGACGCAGCGGUCGCAGGCCGCGCUGCACAGCCUCAACGAUCUGCCCGAGGAGGACAACGUGGACCGACUCAUGUUCCACCCGAACUGCGGCACGCACGCCGCCGUCAUCAACAACCACAGGACGGCGCACAGGCCGCAUGCGAUGGACGACUUCAACAACGGCGUCGUGCUGACGAACCGGCCACUGCGGCCGGGAGAGCUGUUCGAGGUGCGGCUCGACAAGAUGGUGACCAAGUGGGCCGGUUCCAUCGAGAUCGGCGUGACGAUGCACAGCCCGGCGGAGCUGGAGUUCCCCUCCACGAUGACGAACGUGAGGUCCGGGACGUGGAUGAUGACGGGGAACGGAGUGAUGCACAACGGGUCGACCGUCAUCCACGAGUACGGCCAGAACCUGGACCGGCUGCAGGUGGGUGACCGCGUGGGCGUGAUGCGCACGGAGGAGGGCACGCUGCACUUCUUCGUGAACGGCGUGGACCAGGGGAGUGCGGGGGCGGGCGUGCCGGAGCAGGUGUACGGCGUGAUCGACCUGUACGGGCAGGCGGUGCAGGCGACCAUCGUCGACCCCGCCCUGGAGCACAUGUGCCGCUCCGCCUCGGACACCACCUUCAGCACCACCAACCGCACCGACGCCGCCGCGGCCGGCGACGGAGACGGCACCGCCUCGUACAGUGACCUGCGCUUCCGGCACUCGCACGGCAAGAAGGCGCGGCUCUCCAACGGCGGCACGACGGCGUCGCGGCCCCGCGCGUUCGGGGAGUUCAACGACGCCAUCUUGGUGAGCAACCGCCCGCUGAGGGACGACGAGAUCUUCGAGGUGGUCGUGGAGAAGACGGUGGACUGCUGGCUCGGUUCCAUAGAAGCCGGGGUAACGUCCGUACGGCCAGACGAGCUGGAGCUACCGUGCACGAUGACGGACCUGGAGCACGGGACGUGGAUGCUGUCGGGCAGCAACGUCAUGGUGGACGGAGUCGUGCUGCGCAAGGACUACCCCUGCGACCUGGACGAGGUGGUCGUCGGCAACAGAGUGGGUAUGGCGCGGCACUCGGACGGCACGCUGCACUUCUACCUGGACGGAGUGGACCGCGGGGCGGCGUGCGGCGGCGUGCCCCCGGGCGUGUACGCCGUAAUCGACCUGUACGGCCAGUGCGCGCAGGUGUCCAUCGUGCAGCCCGAGCGGCCGGCGGGGGCCGCGGCGGGAGCCGCUCCCGGGAGGCUCGCGCUGCCCGACCGCCCCCACCAGCUGACAACGGAGACGACCCCGACGACCGUGGGCGGCGGCAACGCGAGCGAGACGCUGGGCCCGAGCAGCCAGACGGCGGUGCCCGCCGACUCCUGCCACAGGUUUGGCGCUGUCAGUGGGAAGAAUGUAGUACUGCGGUCCGGUGGCACAGUCGCCACCCGACUGCGUGGCUACUCGCACGCCCUGGUGUUUUCUUCCGACCCCCUAGAACCCGAUGAAACAUUCGAGAUCUGCUUGCGCGAGUUGGCCCCACACUGGUCGGGCACCGUGCGGCUGGGUGUGACGACGCUGGUGCCCACGAUGUCUGCAUCCGGCUCCGGAUCUGGAUCCGGUGGCCCCGGCUGCCCACCUGUCGCUGCCCUGCCGGCGGUCAGCGCCGACACUUGGUACCUCAUACGCAACGAGGUGCAGAAGAACGGGCGCACGCUGCAGCACUGCUACUGCCCCAGCCUCGAGUGGCUGACGGUCGGCGACCGCGUGGGAGUCCGGCGCGCCGCCGACGGGGCCCUCAGCUUCUCACUCAACGGCGAGGACGUGGGCGUCGCCGUGCCGUACGUGCCGAAGAAAGUCUACGCGGUGGUGGACCUGUACGGCAGGGCAGUGUCGGUGGCGGUGACGAGCGUGGGCGGGCGCGCGGGGGCGGUCCCCACAUCGCCGGGCCCGGCCGGCGUGCCGCCCCUCGCCGCGCCCGAGAUGGCUUCCUCGCUGACGGCCGGUGGCACCGGCACCGGCAACGGCGCUGACGGGGAGGACGGCGAGGACGCGGCGGGCGGCAGCGGCGGGCCGGACGACAGCCUGCGCUCCAGCCGGCUGCACGACUCGCUCGAGAUCCUGCUGGACACCGCGGAGCCGGCGCAGCCCGCGGCCGACAGGGCUCCGCUUGAACCGACGGGGUCGGAAGGCGACACCUGCGAAGACAUCCCGGUCGUCAGGGAAGCCGCGGCGGACGACGGCGCUGCGGAGCUGGCUGUGGGUGCCGCACCGGCAGAGGACCGCUCGGAGAGGACGAAGGGCUCCGGAUGCGUGUCGUCGUCCGACAAGGGCCAGCUGUCCUCCCGACAGGGCCAGUCGGACGCCGAGGCGGAGAGCCUGAUGUCUUUCUGGAGCGAGCGCUUCGGUCGCAACAUCGAGCUGGGGCCUGGCGGGCGGACGGCUCGCCGCACGGCGUCCUACAACCAGGGGCUCGUCGUGUCCGACCGCCAGCUGCCGCGCGACCACAUCUUCCAGGUCCGCAUCGAGGCGACGGACGCGCGCUGGGUGUCGUCACUGCUGGUCGGGGUGACGGCGGCGCUGCAGCCUCCGCCUCCGCCUUCGCCCACGUCGACUCCCGCCGCGGGGCCGCCUCCGGGUCCCGUGCCGGGACCUUCGUCCGCCCCCACACCCCCGCCCCCGCCGCCGAGGCCCGCCGCACCGCAGCGCUCGACGCACUUGCCCGUCACCGCCCUCGGCCUCGGGAAGGACACGUGGGUCAUAUGCGGCGACUUCGUGCUGAGGAACGGCAUCCCGAUCCGGGGGCAGUACGGCCCCAACUUGGACUCUCUGGGAGUGGGGGACGUGGUGGGCGUGUCGGUGGAUGCGGCCGGCCGGCUGCACUUGUGGGUGAACGGAGUGGACCAGGGGGUCGCCGCUCAGGACCUGCCCGCGCACCUGCACGCCCUCGUCGACGUGUACGGCCAGUGCCAGCAGGUCCGCGUCGUCGGUGGUCCGGGUGAGAGCGCCACGCCCGACGAGGCUCCCGCCCUGCCGCUCGGCACGGAGGACGACGACGGCGCGGUGGCAGUGGCCACGGCCGAGCAGGCGGGGGUUGGCCCACCCGCGGCGUGCCAGGCGGCGGCCGCGGCCGCGGCCUACGACGCGGAGGUGAACGACGCGGAGGACCGGGACGGCCUCAGCGAGAAGGCGGACCUCGAGUGUGACGAGAAGGAGAAGGUGGAGGCGCAGGCGGAGGCGAGGCGCGGGGCCGGCGCUCAGCGGGACGAGGAGCUCUUCGCGAGCGGCAGAGACCCACCAGCAUCGCUGUCGAACGCGCGACCCCCGGCGUCUCCACCGCGCUCGCUGCCCGCCACCCUGUCAGACAACGACGUCGCCAACGGGCAGCUGAAACAGCAGCAGCAACAGCAGCAGCAGCUGCACGGUUCGGCGCCGGUCAUCACGCCGACGGCCGUGGCGAAGAAGUCGGUGCCGCCGUCGCCCGUCAGCGACAACUCUGUCAGCCAGCAGCAGCACGGCAAAAUCGUCACACAGGUGUCCGGAGGGACCGCCUCGCGGCGCGCCACGCCGGCGUCGACCCCGGGCGGCGGCGGGCUGGACAGCUGGGCGGCGGGCACGCCCCCCGCCGGCACCCCGGCCGCCUCCGCGUCCGCGGCCGUCCCCGCGUCCGCCAGCUGCCCGUCCUCCGGAGGCGGCCGACUCUGCGCGCCCGCGUCCGUGACUGCCCCGCCGGCCGCCCCCGCCAGGAAGUGCGACUACCACACGGUGUGCGCGCGCUUCCGCAGCUUUCUCGGCUUACCAGACGGCUUCUUCCUGCCGGGCGACGCGGGCUCCUGCUUCUGCGAGCAGUGCGUGCGCAGGCUGCGGCCGCCCUCCCCGCCGCCCGGCCUGACCGCGCGCCGCAAGUCUUGCGCGACGGCGGCGCCGGCGUCAGUGUCCGCCGCGGGGACGCCGACCGGGGCGCCCGACCCGGCCGUUCCCGCCGCACCGGCUGUGGUGGGGAGCGGCACUGCGGACGCCGGCUCGGGGACGACGGUCGCGGACGUGGCCGCCUCGCAGUCUGCCGAGAUACUGCUGCAGAUAGCGGGCUGGUGCAGGUUUCCUCUGAAGAGGCGACCGAAGCCGUCUCCCCAGGAGGGCGGCGAUAGCGAGAGCGCGCCGCCGCAGCCAUGCGCGGGUUGGCACGUCGCCUUCUGGGGCGCGCGCCUCGGCGACGUGCGGCAGGUGCUGGACCGCGGCGAGCUGCUGCUGCCAGGUGAGCUGGGCCUGCAGCGGAUGCGGGACAAGUCAGACUCCGAGGGCUCGCAGCUGGUCUUCUCUCCGGACAUCCGACACGCCGUCAGCAAGACGUUGCCCUGCCGCAAGAAGUCAGAAUUCCUGGACCCCAAGACGCGGCAGCGGUACCGUGCGUGGGCGGCUUUCCAGGUGCUGGUGCAGCCGGGGACGUACAAGGUGUCGGCUGCGCGGACGCCGACGCAGGCCCAGGCGGAGGCGGAGGAGUGGGUGACCAAGGAGCGCGGCACGACCGUGCUGUCGGCACUGCUGCUGCGGCUGCGCCCGGCCGAUGACGACGCGCCACCCGCCACGUCGGCCGAGUGCCGCGGCUGAGCGGGGCCGCACUCCGCUCCGCUCUGCCGCUCUCGCCGGUUUACGCUUUCUCGUUUCUCUCUUACCGCGCCAGUAUUCGGAGAGGCCGCCACUUCCUACAGGGCACGCCUACCGAGCUGUCGCACGGGUUCGGUGUUUAGCUUCUGGCCUAACUGCAGUUGCCACACUCGCCCGUACGAGGACGCCGGGCGCUCCGUAACUACCCGUCUGGAGGUGUACCUGGUGGCUGGCAAGACCGGAGAGCCGAAAUACGUACCUCGAUGCCUCGGUAUGGACUCAAAAUAAUUAAGAGUGAGGUAUGACGAUCCCCCCCCCCCCCCCCCCCCCCCCCUCCCCCUGCCCGAUUCUCUCCCACUGAACUGUGCACGUGGAAAUUUUUCCUCGUCAUUCGAUAUACGUCCGUAAGGGUCUCUUGUAAUUUUGUUUUCGUGUGCCUCUUUACAGAUUUAUGAUAAGAGACAUUAUUUAAAACAUAACACAGUUUACUAAAAUGUAGACUUUCACGGCCGGAAAUAUCGUGUCCGUUAUAAUUAUCCGGGCUGUUAUGCCGUGGUCGGUUGACGAAUUCUGCGUCAAUUCCGAAUGUUUCGUCUCCAGCUGCGGGAGACGUCUUCGAGGGGGUCAUUAGCUGGAUGGAAGG